CCAACAGCCUCAACCUAAACUUCUCUCUCGCAACAAUGGCCAACCUCGGGGUGCCCGUCAAGUUGCUGCACGAGAGCGUGGGACAUGUUGUCACCGUCGAGCUGAAGACUGGGCAGUUGUACCGAGGAAGCUUGAUCGAAGCCGAAGACACCCUCAACAUCUCUCUCCGGGAUAUCACCGUCACGGGCCGGGACGGACGAGUCUCUCAGCUCGAACAGGUGUACAUUCGAGGAUCGAUGGUCAGGUUCUUCAUCGUACCUGAUAUGCUGGCGAAUGCACCUAUGUUCAAGCGAGUCGGACCGAAUGCUAUGCGAGGAAAGGGUAUCGGUACAGCUCGUGGUCGAGCCACUAUCGCCAGGGCUACGGCACGACGAGGAGCGCCGAGGUCGCAGGGUGUACGACGAUGAUCGGGUCAAAUAGGGCUGUUCGGGUUGGACAGGAUGGAGAUGGGAAGCAGGGAAAGAGGAAGGCAGGAUUUUGCGUUUGACUAUACGGCGCAGAACGAGCAUGGGGAUGCAAAAAAGAGGAGGUGGAAAGACGCAGGAGGGUUAGAGAGAAACGGGAAGGGGGACGGACGGUCUAUCGAGUCUUCGCUAUACUCGGCGAAAGAGCCUCCGGAUGAGACCACGAGAAGCGGGUCGGCGGGCCAGGGCCUGGUCUCUGAUCAGAGACCGUACCCCACUCGUCAUUAGUUGUGUGAUUUGAAAAUAUAUGUGUGUUUUUCUCGGGCGUGGGUAUUUCAUUUCGAUUGAUACGGAUCUUUCGGAAGGGGUCUUCUUGGUGUUUCAGGUCUAGCUUGAGAACCUCGGUAUGGAUUGGCAG